AUGGGCUUUGGCGAUUUCGAUACAAUAUGCGAAAAGGCGGCGCUGCCAUUGUGCUCGCUGGUGGGCCCGGCGUCGUCGAUAUCCGGGUCCACGGGGAUCAUCUCCAACUGCUAUGCGCGCAAUAUUGAGGUUGCCAACACCAUUAUCUUCGAGGGUGCGGCCUCGUUCAUGCAUAUUAUCGCCCUCGCUAUGACGGUGAUUAUGAUUCUCCAUGUCCGGUCUAAGUUCACUGCCGUCGGCCGCAAGGAGAUCAUCACCUUCUUUUAUCUAUACAUGGCGCUCACCAUUUGCUCUCUCAUCAUCGACGCCGGCGUGGUCCCUCCCAAGAGUGGUCCGUUCCCGUAUUUCGUCGCGGUUCAGAGUGGCUUGAUCUCGGCGCUGUGCUCUUGUCUACUUGUCAAUGGAUUCGUGGGCUUCCAGCUCUACGAGGACGGAACCGCCCUUUCUGUGUGGCUGAUCCGCGUGAGCUCCGCGAUCAUGUUCAUCAUGACCUUUGUGAUCUCCCUGUUGACCUUCAAGUCGUGGGGCGGCCUGGGCCCGAACAACACCGUCGGCUUGUUUGUGGUGCUCUAUCUCCUCAAUGCCAUCUCCGUCGCCGUGUACGUGGUGAUGCAGCUCCUGCUGGUCGUCAACACGCUGGAUGACCGUUGGCCGCUCGGACAUAUCUCCUUUGGCGUGCUAGUCUUUAUCAUUGGACAGGUCUUGCUGUAUGCCUUCAGUGAUACUAUCUGCAAUAAUGUCCAGCAUUACUUGGACGGACUCUUUUUCGCCACAUUUUGCAACCUGCUGGCCGUGAUGAUGAUUUACAAGUUCUGGGACUCCAUUACCAAAGAAGACCUCGAGUUCUCUGUCGGCGUCAAACCAAAUACGUGGGAGGUCAAAGAGCUGCUGCCCGAGGAAGAACGUCGAGGGACGGUCUACGCGGACAACAACUCCGAGUAUGCGGGCAGCAUGUACCACCAGCGCGCCUCGAACUACAGCCACCAUAAUUACUGA